UACAUAUGUUGGAUAAUGAUGAAUUUAGUUAUUUGUUCAAAAUUAUAUUGAUAGGUAGAGUGAUUAAAUAAUGGUUAGGUGACUCAGGAGUGGGGAAGACUAAUUUAUUCAAUAGAUUGCAAUAUAAGGAUUUUUAAUAUGAUACUCGACCAACAAUAGGAGUAGAAUUCUUAAAUAGGACUGUGAGGGAGGAUGGUAAUUUGAUAAAGUGUUAGAUAUGGGAUACAGCAGGAUAAGAAAAGUAAGAGAGUUUGAAAUAACUCUUAGAUUUAGAGCAAUAACUAGUGCUUAUUAUAGAGGAGCAAAGGGAGUGUUUGUUUGUUAUGAUGUUACAAAAUAAGGAACAUAUGAAUCAACACUAAGAUGGAUGAGUGAAAUAAAGUAAUAUGGGGAUCCUAAUAUUGUGAUAAUGUUGGUAGGAAAUAAAAUUGAUUUGGCAGAAUAGAGAGUAUGUCUUAUAAUUGAUAAAGAUCGUAAGGACUGAUGAAGUCUCCUAAUUCUGUGAGUAAAAUAAGGUAGGAUAUAUAGAAACCUCGGCACUGAAUAAUGUAAAUGUGGAGUUAGCAUUUAAUUAGAUGGUUACAGGUAAUUAAUUAAUUCUGAUAAACUUAGAAAUAUAUAAAAUUGUCUAAGGAUAGAAACCAAUAAGUUAGACUCAAUUAGGAAUCAAUGAUGUUUAUGUGUUAAAGAAAGAAACCCAGCCAGACUCAUCCAAGAAGAAAAAGCAAUGCUGCUGAAUAAUAUGAUAAUCACUACUCAAUUAUUGAACUAAAUAAUAUAAAAG